AUGCAGGGUUAUGCUGAAAUAUCAUUUGGUGCAACUGUUUUCCUCUUUAAGCUCCACUAACCGCAGACAGGAUAGGAGUCAUACAGCCCUUAACUGGGGGAGUUGAUUUAUAGACAAACUUUGCUCUUCUGUCCUCAGGGACGGCUGGCAACAAUGCCAACAGGGUUGAGUCGGUGACAAAACCUGAAGACACUAGCUAGGUUUCCAUCCAAUUGGGCGACCGAUUUUCAUGCGAAUAUUCUAAAAUCUGCAUAAAAACUAUAUGCACGUUUUCCCACCAGAGAUGUGUUUCCAUUAAACUGACUUGUUGCGGAUAAAAGGCUGUGUGUGAUGACGUAGUGCACAUAAAAAUUACAUUUGCAGGUACAUUUCCAUCUAAUGGGUUUCCAUCCCAUUUUCAACUGUACUGAUGGCUUUGUCACAAAAAAUUUGCACUCUAGCCAACAGCUCGCAGAUACAGUGUGGGCAUAGCAUACAUGAUGACAUUAUUAUGGACAAAUGUGUGAGAUUAUUUGUAUUCGUCAAACGGCAGCCAAGCAUCAAUCAUCAUGUCACCAGAACCUCAAUAUUUAUUAGAAAGUAGUAUCAAGCUCAUCACCUUGCACUUUCACCAUAUUUCAUCUGUAGCCUAGUAAACUGUGUACUUUCCCGAGUCGUAGUGGAAGGACCACACAACAAGUCAUUGCGUGACUCCAAGUUUACUUCAGUAUCAUGGUUAUUAUAUUAAUAUUUGCACAUAAAAGCGAUUCCACUGCCAUUUCUUACAUAAUACAUUUUACAGACACAAAAAGAUCCCACCUUGUCUAACUUAUUUUGUUUUGUCGACAUUUGGAAAGUCUACUGACAAAUUAGCUGUUUCCAUCAGGCCUGUCAUGACAUUUUUAAUCCGAAAUGUACUUUACUCACAUAAAAAGGUUAGAUGGACACCUGGUUACAGAUUGAGGUAAAGGGGCAUUCCACUAGAAUUCUACAAUCAAAUAUGUUGAGGAUUGUUAGAACAAGACGGGUUUGAAAAACAUAUUGUGGUGGGUGGGAGGGCUUGCACUGUCUAAGAAACCACUGUCUGGGAAACACUGGUGGUUCAGUAAAGAGGCUGUAGUAUACCUUUUACCCUCUGUGUGUUUCCUCAGGGGGUGAUGAUGAGACUAAAACGGUUGUCAGCGCUGAACCAGGGGGUGACCUAAACGCAGCUGAAAAAGGAGAGGUGAAAGCAGGUGUGUAUGAGAAAGGAAUAGCUCACCUCAAGUCCCGCUGAAUGCAUCAGGAUAAAUGUACAGACCUCAGUCUCAAAUAGAUGGGAAAGACUGGCAUCAUCUUAAACUGUCAUAAAUGUUCAUAACACAGCAAGAAUCAGUGCCAUUGUAAUUAAGGCAUUCUUGAAUCACAUUAAUUCUGAAUGAUUUUAUUUCUCCAGUUGAGUUCUCCUAUUGUGUGUUUUCUUGCAGAGGGGUCCAUGCUGCUGAACGAAGACAGGGUGAAGUACCACAAUGACAAUGGAGAGGGGGCAGCAGAAUGGAAUUCAGUAUUGAAGGACGGUAAGUUGGAGUGUGAUAACAAUGUAGACUAUUUUCACUUCAUUUCCCUUUAUUGUGCAAUACUUCUACCCCACUCUGGCCAACUCACUGUAAGUAGACUGUUAGUCUGUUACUAACUCUUGUUCCUACUGAUUUAUUCCUAACUGACGUCUCUCUAGUCAGGGAACUGUGGACCAGAGGUAUACAGAGGAUCAUGAAGACAAGAGAACCCACCGUCUCAUCUGGGCUACCAGCACUGGACGACAAGACAUUCUAACGUUCAGAGAACAUUUCCAUAGCAAUAGACUAGUUGGUGAUUUGUGAAACUGAGGUCCAUUUAUAACAGUGUGCUUUAUAAAAAGUGUGGGAAAUGUGUAGCAAUAAUUUGACCCCUAUAAGACCUUUUUGCAAUUUAGUAUAAGUAUGCACAAUCCCAACAAAAAGCAAAGCACCUUUAAAGCGUCAUAUUAAAACUUUGAUAAAAAAUGAUAAAGCAGCAACAUAAAUCUUAAACCAACUCAAAACUGGAUGCAAUAAGGCUUUUUUGUAUUGGAUAUAACCAGCAAUCAAAUCAAAUCAAUAGUCAAUACCGUCAAUAGUCCAAAGGUCAAAGUCAAAAAGAGAUUCAGUUCAACCAAAAAUGUCCUUUAAAUCCAUGAUUCCCAAGAAUUAUUCAAUUCAGUUCUUUCCCAAAAAAGGUAAAUCAACAGAAAAUAUAAAUUAUAAUCCAAUAGGAAGAGCAGGAGAAUCAAUCAACAAUUCACAUUCAAUCAGAUACGCUCAUCACUCCUUGGUGUUGAAUGGAAGUCCUUCCCAGCUCCCAUCCUCGCAGGAGGCCUUUUGCUACACCAUCAUUGUUAAUAACAAUUUGUUGUUAAUUGAUUUGCCUAGUUAAAUAAAAUAAAUAAAUAAAAAUGUCAGAAGUCCAGUAAUUCACUUUUCCAGGCAAAUAAUUCAGUGGAACAGGUUUAAAAUACACCAUUACGGAACUAUUUUACUUUCAAAGUUUUCUAAAAACCAUUUCCUCUUUGUUCCUCACACCACAGCCUUUUUGUUUCGCUCUUUCCUUUCCUACCCACAUGACCCCAUACUUAAAUUGACAGGUAUCAUUUUUGACCAAUCAACAGAAUUUCCACUCUGCUGCACUUAAAUCAUGGCAUUGAGUUACAUAUUUUUUUUAACCUAGGAAUACAUGCAUAACCAUUCAUUCUGUUUAAUUUCAUAUCACAUUUAAUGUGGCGACGUUACACGUGUCAGUUUAUUUUAAUAUCGUCUAGUAAGUAAUGUCCAAAGCUGCAGCUUCUACUCUGCAUAUUUCUGAGCUUCAACCUCUGUAAUCUCUUCUAUUUAAGAACAAGUGUAUGUCUAGCGAGUGUUAUGCACAUGUCAAGAUAUUAGGUCUUCUGUAUUUUAACUGUGAGUUCUUUGCCCGCCUGCUGGAAUUUGACCUCCUCUCAACAGACAGGAAAUGAAAG